AUGUCCCAGGUGCGGCGAGCGAUUGUCGACGCGGAGAGGCGGGGGCGGCGGCCGAGGCACUGCCGCGACCUGCAGCUCGACGGCGACUCCGAGUCGGGCGUCCGGCGCGUGUUCCCCUUCCGCAGUUCGCCCGACGCGGCUGCGACUGUCUACUGCGACCAGGAGACCGACGGCGGCGGCUGGACGGUGUUCCAGAGGCGGCUCAAGCUCCCUGUGAGGGAGGACUUCUACCGCACGUGGGUCGAGUACGAGCUCGGCUUCGGCCACAUGGACGGCGGCGAAUUCUGGCUGGGCCUCGACCUCGUGCACCGCCUGACCUCGACCGACCUGCAGGAGAUGAGAAUCGACCUCACGGACUACGAGGACAACGCCAAAUGGGCCAAGUACGGGGUCUUCCACCUGGGGGACGCCAGCACCAAGUAUCGGCUCAAAGUCGGCAGGUACAACGGCACAGCUGGCGAUGGCUUCGGGAGUGGCAGGCACGACGGCCACCCGUUUACCACGCACGAUAACGACAACGACGGCGACGGUGCGAACUGUGCGGCCAGGUAUCGCGGUGCUUGGUGGUAUGACAAAUGCCACAUAUCCAACUUGAAUGGGUUUCCUUAUGAAGGCGACCACGAGAGCUAUGCGGAUGGUAUCGAGUGGCAACCCUGGAGAGGAUAUCAUUACUCGCUGAAAACUACAACAAUGAUGAUAAGGCCGGCAUUCUGAAGCUUCUGCUGUCACUGACACACACAACACACACACACACACACACACACACACACACACACACACACACACACACACACACACACACACACACUCACUCACUCAUUCACUCACUCACACACAUUCUGUUGAUAUUAACUAUGUCAAAAAUAUUUAUCAGUUUACAGAAAUGUAGGUGCGGGUUUGGGUAUUCUAAAUCUAAAUGCAUACACGACUACAAAUGUAUUUCUUUACGAAAUUUGUUAUGAAAUUUUAAAUGUCUGUAGUCUGAAAAUAAACAUCAAUAUACCAG